ACUCAACGCUUUCAACCUGUCCAUGACUUGACUAUUGGUGUUGAAUUUGGGGCCAGGAUGAUCACAAUUGAUAACAAGCCGAUCAAGUUGCAAAUAUGGGAUACGGCUGGUCAAGAAUCCUUCAGAUCUAUUACAAGGUCUUACUACAGAGGGGCUGCAGGUGCACUACUUGUCUAUGAUAUAACCAGGAGGGAGACAUUUAAUCACUUGGCUAGCUGGUUGGAAGAUGCAAGGCAGCAUGCAAAUGCAAAUAUGACAAUUAUGCUAAUUGGCAACAAGUGUGAUCUUGCACACAGACGGGCUGUAAGCACAGAGGAAGGCGAGCAGUUUGCAAAGGAGCAUGGGUUGAUAUUCAUGGAGGCCUCAGCAAAAACUGCUCAGAAUGUUGAAGAGGCAUUCAUAAAAACGGCUGCAACCAUAUACAAGAAGAUUCAGGAUGGGGUUUUCGAUGUUUCGAAUGAGUCAUACGGAAUAAAAGUUGGAUAUGGUGGAAUUCCUGGACCAUCUGGCAACAGGGAUGGCCCUUCUGCUGCAGGUGGAGCCUGCUGCAGUUGAAGUGAAGGACAUGCAUCUUAUUUGCUUCAAUGUAGUCCUUUAUGUAUUCACACUUUCCUUUUACUUUGACUUUGGAUAUGAAAGAUAUAUAUGUUUCUCCAUCCGUUGAUAAAGUUAGUUAAUUGUAUAAUGUUUUCUUUCUAAUCUUGAUUUGUUUCUUCAACGUAAACCGAUCAUUUGUCUCUGUAUUUAUUUUUGUGUAUAAUUGAUUUAUAUGUUGCUUCAUUCUUAAUCAGUUUACAUAGA